CACAACCUGGUGAUGCGCAACCAGGUGGAGCAGGUCUUUGCCGAGCGGGACAUCAUGAGCUUCACCGACAAUCCCUUUGUGGUGAGCAUGCUGUGCAGCUUCGAGACGAAGAAGCACCUCUGCAUGGUCAUGGAGUACGUCGAGGGCGGCGACUGUGCCACCCUCCUCAAGCACAUCGGCCCCUUUCCCCUCGACCUGGCGCGGCUGUACUUUGCGGAGACCGUCCUGGCGGUGGAGUACCUGCACUCCUUUGGCAUCGUCCACCGCGACCUGAAGCCGGACAACCUGCUCAUCACCGCCCUCGGACAUAUCAAGCUGACCGAUUUUGGCCUCUCCAAGAUGGGCCUGAUGAACCUGGCGACGUCCCUCAGCGAGGGCUACUACGACCGCGAGUCGCAGCAGUUCACCGACAAGCAGGUCUUCGGCACGCCCGAGUACCUGGCGCCGGAGGUGAUUCUGAAGCAGGGCUACGCGAAGACGGUCGACUGGUGGUCGCUGGGCGUCAUCCUCUACGAGUUUCUCAUUGGCUGCGUGCCCUUCUUUGGCGAGACGCCCGAGGAGCUCUUUGCCCACGUGAUCAACGACAGCAUCGAGUGGCCCGAUGAGGAGGACUGGCCGCUGACGGACGAGUCGAAGGACGUCAUCACGCGCCUGCUGGAGCACUCGCCCUUUGACCGGCUGGGCGCCGGCGGAUCGGCGGAGGUGAAGGCGCAUCCCUUCUUUGAUGAGAUUGACUGGGACUCGCUGCUCAGGCAGAAGGCGGAGUUUGUGCCGCAGCUGGACGGCGAGGACGACACCAGCUACUUUGACACCCGCUCUGACCGAUACAACCACGAGUGUGUGGGGGAGGGCGAGGAGGACUCGGAUGAUGGCCAUGACACUGACGACAGCUCGCUCUUUGGCUCCUUCUCCUCGUGUUCGCCGCGCUACCACCGCGUGUACAGCGUCUGCAAGGAGAGCGGAGUCGGAAGUUUUGGCUCUGACAGCCUUCAACCGGAAAUUGGUGGUCGUCUGCGCUCUUCGACCUCCUCCUCCUCGCUGAAGGACGUCACCACUACUAGUCCCAAUUCGCCGAAUGCUGAUUCAAACACUGCAGGCGGUGGUCCUAACACUACCUCUGCCUCCUCACAUCACCUGAUGAAGGCGGAGAUGUUGAUCUCCCGCUCGCUGAGCGUCACCGAGGACCGCCUGACGAGCUCUCGAGGCUCUAACUCUAACUCUCCGAAGGGCAUUGUGGAGUGCAAGCCGUUGAGCAGGUCACUUCUGGGAACCGUCUCCACCACCACCACCAACUCCGAGGCCAUACUGAAGAUUCCGCUGUCGUACGCGCAGAGCACACCUGCAAAGUCCAGUUCAGGUUCUGGGGGUGGUGGUGGUCACCACGGUGGCAUGGGCGAACUGCGACUCAGUCCACUUUCCAAGUCCACCGACUCGGCGACGGCCCUCUCGGUGAACAGUGCCACAUCAACAGCCUCAACGGUGGACAGCGGCAUCGGCGGCGGCAGUGGCAGUUGCUCCUCUGCUGACUGCGGCAACAAACCGAAGCAUCCCAGUUUGAUGUUGCCAAAGUUCUCUUUUAGCGUCGACGACUCGGACAGGACUCAGGGAGGCGCAGCACACAGUGNGGUGGACAGCGGCAUCGGCGGCGGCAGUGGCAGCUACUCCUCUGCUGACAGCGGAAACAAACCGAAGCAUCCCAGUUUGAUGUUGCCAAAGUUCUCCUUCAGCGUCGACGACUCGGACAGGACUCAAGGAGGAGGCGGCGCAGCACACAGUGGUGAGCCUAGUCUGGAGACGUUGAUUCAGAACCUCUCCUCUGGGGACGAGGUUGCCAUCGGAGACGUCUCCUCAUCAUCAAGUGGUGGUGGUCAACUUCCCAGCAAGCUGAUUGCCAUUUCCGGUCUGGCCGCGAAGACGCCCAACAACAAGUCCCGGGCGGUGAUAAAGUCCGCCUCUGCCUCUGGCCUCUCGCUCAUUAUUCCCAGCAGCAUCAGCAGCAACAUCGACCAUGAUGGUAAUAACUCUUCACCCGUGAUGUGCUCUUCAGGCGGCUCGAACGCCAGCUCUCGAGAUGCCUCGCCGAACCGGGAGAUGAACUCAUUGUCGUUGCAGCUGAAGCCGCCCAUCAUUUUGCGGAAGGGCCCGCGCGGCUUCGGCUUCAGUCUGAAGGCGAUUCGCGUCUACUACGGCGAGUCAGACUACUACACCAUCAACCACCUGGUGCAGUCGGUGAAGUGCAACAGUCCGGCGUUUGAGGCCGGCCUCCGACCGGGCGAUCUGAUUACGCACAUCAAUGGCGAGUCCAUUCAGGGACUGCUCCACCAUCAGGUUCUUCAACUGAUGCUCUCCGGCGGCGACCUGAUCAACAUUCGCACGACUCCGCUGGAGAACACGACCAUCAAGUCGGGCGGUCGAAAGCGCAAUCCGAACAUCAGCAAGAUGGCCAAGCGGCCGCAGGGCUCGAACAGCAGUCAGACGAGCAAGCUGCACCGCAAUGUGAAGGGAGCGGCCGCCUCCAAU